AUGAGUCUACCAUCACAAACCACAAGCCUCAGUCGAAAACGAUCCUACGCAUAUCCACCAGCACGCGGCAUCAGGAGAGCUUGGGCAUGGAUUCCAGACUCGUGGGCUGCUCGCUCCUUCCUGCUCAUCACACUUGCAGAGGCCUCCAUCAACAUCGCCAUCGAAAGCGUCCUCUUUGCUCGAUACCAAUUCCACCGCAAGACACAUCCAUCCCCCGAUGACGACUCCAAGUCGAGAGCGCUCCCCGUCUUUGUCAUCGUCUUCUCCCUCGCACACGUCUAUCAAUUCUUCCUCGCCGUGGAUGCGGUGAUCAACAGGAAUACCAUUCUCGUCAUCGGCGCCAUCAUCUUCAACGCCUGCUUCCUCGUCUACUCGCUCAUCCAAAUUUCGGAAAUUCGGACAGUGCUCGGCGAUGGUGUAGCCGAAGGCUCGUCCCAAACGGUGCCGGUGCAAGUGCUAACGGGCGCCAUCCCCAUCGUCAUUGCGCUCGCCGAGAUUUCGUUCAUUCUUCUCGGCUGGAAGCUGUGGAAGGAGUUCGGCUGGCAGAUCUACAAAAAGAUCGGCGCGGAUCGAAGUCUCAAGCGCGUCUAUCUGCACUAUCAGAUCUACGUCGCCUUGCUCAAGUUUGACUUUUUCAUCUUCAUCGCUUACUGUAUCCAGCUGGUUCUGGCAGUCAAGCAGAUUGGCUCAGCGGAGCGAUGGAUCACCAUCAUCUCGGGACCCUUUUCGCUGCUCAUCCUCGUCUUUGCAUGGCUCUCGGUUCGAAAGGAAUUCAAGGUGGGCAUGCUGCUCUUCCUGGUCGGAUUGACAGGAGCCAUGGUCUACUUUGUCUACAAGGUCUUCCGCAUCUGGCAGCUCAAGGAGACGUUGUACAAGGAGGUGUACAAGAGUUUGACCGUUUUCUCGACGCUGUCGAUGCUGCUGCUGCUCAUUACGGCGGUCAUGACGAUUCAAUGCAUCCUCAACUUUGGACGAGGACUCAAGAACGCCAUUUCACGCUCGCCAAAGGAUCGCGCUGCCGCGGCAGCAGGGGCCGACAACGGCUACCUGUACGGAUACGACGGCAAAGCGUUGAAUGCGUAUGGCGACGGCAGCACAAGCGUUCUUCAUCUUCAGCCAAGAUUAAGCUUGGACUGA